AUGCGCUUUGUAAUCGAUCCCUCUAGUCUAGCUAAAGUGGAAAUUCUUGAAUUCAACGGCGAGUUUGAGAUUCCAGAAGAACUAUCCAUGCGGGCAACUAAGGAUCCAGAAAGAGUUUAUUUUACCUCGUCAUACAUUGAGGGUACCCCUCAAAACAAGCCCAAAUCACUCAUCUUUCAAAGAGAAAAUGACGGCUUAGUGCUUUUUGGUAUGGCCGAUAAGCAUAUCUCGUUUAACAAGCCACCAAGGUAUAUCAUAUAA